CCCUCUCCCCUCCUCCCCACCGUUCGCCGCCCCGACGACCGCCGACGUCCCACCUCCUCGACGAAAGCGAGCCCCAGCCCCAGCCCCCCGGCACCGGCGUAAAACUCGAAAGCUUUCGCGAGCUCUCAAACCCCAAAGAACAUCGCGCGCGCCCAAAGACCGAGCACCUCUACCUAUAACGUGGAAAGAGCGGCGAGCCGGACUAGAACAUUGCGAACCGCGUCACAUCCACUCACGCCGCGAGCGCACGCGGUACGUUGCGUUUAAAUCGCUCCGUCUCGGCCGCCCGUUUUUUAAUCCCCGCUAAAAAGUAUAAAAACAAAAGUCACCGUUUCAGUUUUAUUGUAAAUUAAUUAACCGAUUCGUUACGUUACGUUCGUUGUGCGGUAUUUACUGUUUCUGUAUGUAAUUCCCUGUGUGCAUGUAUUACACGUAUGCAGGCUGCGGUUGAAAAGUAUUAUACGUCGAUACCGUAUGUGUAUUAUUUGUAUAUCGUGCAGCGCAUGGUUCACAAAAUGUGCACGUGUAGGUUAUGUUAUGUAUGUACGCAUUUGACGAUUUGAUUAUACCGAACGUGCCUCGAUGAUUUCCGAAACUACCUGAACCUGCGCGACAUGUAAACGCAUACAUGUACGCAAGUAUCCCUGCAGUGACAAUAAUCAUUUAUCUCUCAAAAGUGAAUCUCGUCUUUCGCGUUAAACUGAUAAACGAACCAUGGACUUAUGCACCGAAUUGUACACAUAAUAUGUAUCAUAUUCACGGGAUGAAAAAUUGUUCAUCAAAAUAAGUGUAAAAGGAAAAGAAAUCAAGAAAGAAAAAAAAAAAAUUACAACUAAAUUACGAGCAAAAAAAAAUUAAAUUUCACGCAGCACGAAGUCGUCGUACAAGCCCUUCGUAACUAAUAUUGCACACGUACAUAACCGCAGUGGUGUUCGAAAGCAGUGGAACAAGGAGUUAAUCGCCGUCCGACGGGAGAAGUAAAUUGAGACCCGGAGGCUUCGAAAGGCCCGAAGAUUCUGCCUUCCCAGCAGCUGGGGGCUGCGGUCGCUCCAUGGCCGGGCGCCACCGGCCUCCUAGCCUCGGUGACAGCUGACGACAUGGCUCACAAAGGACACAGCGGGGUCAACCAGCUAGGAGGAGUCUUUGUCGGAGGUCGACCUCUACCGGACUCAACGAGGCAAAAGAUUGUCGAAUUGGCGCAUUCGGGUGCGAGGCCGUGUGACAUCUCGCGAAUACUUCAAGUGAGCAACGGAUGCGUCUCAAAGAUCCUUGGCAGGUACUAUGAGACGGGCUCGAUAAGACCGCGUGCAAUCGGCGGUAGUAAACCGCGAGUGGCCACCGCUGAAGUUGUCAGCAAGAUUUCCCUCUACAAGCGGGAGUGUCCCUCGAUUUUCGCAUGGGAAAUCAGGGACCGUUUGCUCCAGGAAGGCGUCUGUACCAACGACAAUAUACCCAGCGUAUCGUCUAUCAACAGAGUGCUGAGGAACCUCGCUGCCCAGAAGGAACAGACCCAGCAACACCAGCAGCAGCAGCAGAGCGUCGGCGUCGGCGUUGGCGUGGGAGCCGGAAGUCCCGCCGAAAGCGUCUACGACAAGCUCAGGCUACUAAACGGCCAGGCGACCGGCUGGCCGAGACCUAAUCCUUGGUACCCUUCCGGUCCCGGGAGUCCGUUUCCGUCCUUGCAGCCGAGCCUGAGUCCAAGUCACUGUUCAGCGCUGCCGCCAGACACGGCGGACAUUCUGCACGCGAAAAAGGUUGCGGAAUUGGAGGGCGGUGCUCACUCGGACGAGACAAACAGCGGCGGAGACAACAGCAACGCCGGUAGCAUCUCGGGGGGUGGAGAGGACGACCAGGCCCGUCUUCGGCUGAAGAGGAAGCUCCAGAGGAAUCGGACGAGCUUCAGCAACGAGCAGAUCGACGCCCUCGAGAAGGAAUUCGAGCGAACUCACUACCCGGACGUCUUCGCCAGGGAACGACUCGCGGCGAAAAUCGGCCUGCCCGAGGCUCGCAUCCAGGUGUGGUUUUCCAAUCGACGGGCAAAGUGGAGGCGCGAGGAGAAGCUGCGCACUCAGCGGAGGGACAACCCGCAGCAGUCCCACACCGGAGGCGUCGGUCUGGUCAGUGGUCACCCGACGCCCCCGCCGCCUCCACCACCUCACGCACCCCCCUCACCGCCCAGGAUCCAUCACGGAUUCGCACCGACCGGCGUAUAUCCGGGGAUUCCCAGCAUGCCGGAUUCCUACAGCCCCAUGACGUCGAUGCCGAGUUUCGCGAUGUCCUCGCCGAGUCAGCAGAGCCAGCACACGGGCCCCGGGAUGACCGGCGGCGGCGGAAUGGGCCCGAUGGGCAUGAGCGUCGGGAUGACGGUGGGCCCGAGUCCCGGGGCCUGUCUUCAGCAACGGGACAACGGUUACUCCUGCGGCGUUGCACGUCCGCCAAGCUACGAGCCCCUUCACCUGGGCUACGGGGCGAGGCCGACCUGCAGCCCUACGCAGCCCUAUCACACCGCGGGCCUGAAUCAGUACAACCAGAAUACCAGCUCGACCGGUCUGAUCUCGCCUGGAGUUAGCGUGCCGAUCGCGGUACCGGGUCAGCCGGCACCGGAUAUGACCGCCCAGUACUGGUCUCCGAGACUUCAGUGACCGUGGUGGGCUUCGACGUCGACUUCCGGCCCUUAGGCGAGACGAGGCCCCGCCCCAAUGCCACGCUGCCAUUCCUACCUCCACAGCCCCAUCCCACCUACGGAUCAGAUCGUCGAGGGACGAGAAGAAGCUCUGCUGAAGUAAUCUCGCGGUGAUCUCGAGUUCCGACACCUUCGGAAAGAAGAAGAGAAGAUCGGGGAAAAUCGGGAACUAGAAGAUGCAAUCAUAAUAUCACCACGCUCAACUCUCCAGUCACGCUCGACUCGCUCAAAUUCUACUCCUCCAUGCUCUCUCCUCCCUCCCUCUCUCUCUCUCUCUCUCUCUCUAUUUCUCUCUAUUUUCAUGUCUAUUUUUCUCUUAUCUCACUCUGUAACUCCCGUCACUUUCACUUUCACUCUCCGCUUAGGGAUAUAUGAAAUAUGUAUAUAUAUACAUUACACCAUAGUUAUAUUAUAAUUAAACACAUACCUCUGUAAGACAGAGCUCAAACUUCUCGGUAUGUCUAAUUAUUAUUAUUAUUAUUAUUAUUAUCAUCAUCGUCAUUAUUAUUAUUAUUAUUAUCAUUAUUAUUACUCGGACACAAUACCCAGAAAGUAUACAUACAUUUACGAACAUUUUCAUGCCAAGUGGCUGACAUUGUUCAACGUCAAGCUUUUGUGAUUUCCUCUCAACUUUUCAUACAUGUUUUUUGUGGUCCGCUAAGUACGGAGGCGUAUUUCGACGUAACUUUAGCUUCAGUUUAAUGAUACGCAGUGAUAUGGACGACUUAAUUAUUGAAGAAAAUUGUGAAAUACUCUGCGCAAGGAUUUAUAAAUUUUUGAACACCAUUCUCACUAUCAACCGCAUAACUUAUUUUCCUGGAAAAAAAUUUUAAUUUUAAUCCAUGGGGAAAAUGGAGAAAAGGAAGAGGACUACGCACGAUAAUCGUUAAAAUUUUUAUCGAAACUCGAGUUGUUUGUAUCAUGAUUACUUUGACAAUAUCGAACGGGGGACGAAAUUAUCGAAUUUCACAGAAAAUGGUAUGGGAAGUUUACACGGAUUCGAAAGCCACUCGGUCGAAAAGCCCUGCUUGUACGUAUAGCACAGUACUUAAGUAGAUAGAAUGGUAUUUUUGGCCCCAGCGGCACACGUUGGUACAAAUCCUGAUGUUAUUAUUAUUUUCAUUAUUAACAUUAUUAUACGACUAUUAUAAUUAUACUCUGUAUCGCCACGCAUUAUUACCGCAAAUCUCAACUAUACGUUUAUUAGCGUAAUAAUCGGUUUAUUAUUGUAGCGAGCACUCCCGUUAUUAUAUUUUUACUGUCAUUGCACGAUGACGUGCCGACGCACGAUCGUUAAAUUGCCAUGAUAUAUAUAUAUAUUGACUAUAUACGUGAAAAACCUGUCUUCUUUCAUCAAUACCGAAACCGAAAUUGAUUUUAACAUUGAAUUUUAAACUUUACCGAUUAAUACACGAUCCGUUAAUUCUAUAUUUAGUCAUGAAAGAAGGCGAACAAAUUUAAAGAGAAAAAAAAAUCAUUCAGCUGAGUACACAAAAUAAUCGGUAAAGUGUGAAAUUUAACACAACUAAACAUUAUUAUUAUUAUAUUAAUAAUAUUCUACGACCGACGACCGGUUAUACCGGUGAUUUACAGCUUGAUCGGUAAACAUAAUACAGAGCUUGCAAUAAAUUGUUAGCAUCGCGCUGUUCGUAUGCCAUUCGCCUGAUUAAUUACGUCGUACAUUUUAACAUCCGCACAUGUAAUAAUUGCCAAAAAAAAAAAAACAUAUACCGUUGAACAUGUACAAUGGCAUUCGUCUUCUCCCCCACAUAAAUAGAUAAUUAUUAUUUCAUAAAGUUAUUUAUACAGCCAAUACGAAAUACGGGAGUCCCUGAAAAGGAUAUUCACGCGUUGCGUGCAAAGCAACUACGCAUACAAAUAUACAUAAGUGCGCAUCGCAGUCAGCAUUCCGAUUAGCGACAUCUUUGUAUCAUAUUUAUAUAGAGAAAAGAAAAAAAUAAGCGGAAAGAAACUAAUCAAAUGUGGAAUUUAAAAAAAAAAAAAAAAUUUUUUUUAACAUCGGCGCAAUUAUUGGGAAGGAGGGAAAGAAGUAGGGGAGAAAUUGGGAAUUUUCAAUCCGUAAGUUAUCGGUAUCAAAAUACCUAGCCGCGUAUACAUAUAUAAAUAUAUAUUAUUGAUAAGGAAGAUAUUAUUAUUAUUAUUAUUAUUAUUGUUUAUAAACUUACCUAAAUAAAAGUCGGGCUAUACAGCUAUAACUGCAGCUGCGGGAGUUUCUUGCGGGCAGUGCAGUAUCAAGUUACACAACAAAUAUUAUAUACAUAAGUGAAAUGAUUAAUUACUAUGAUUAUGAUUCUUAUUAUUGCUAUUAUUAUGGUUAUAUAUAUAUUAUUAUUAUUAUUAUUAUUAUGGUUAUUAUUACGAUUAUUAAGUGUACUUACCAAGUAACCGGUAAUUUAUAUUCGAUGCAAGAAAACCCGAAUGUGAUUUCUCUUUAUAGGCCAAGUAUGUCAAACGUAUGAAUUAAAAAGCAA